GUCGCCGUCUUAUGCCGAUCUCCAUCAAGAAACCACGCCUAUCUGGGCAAAAUAAAUACCAAAAAUACAUCUGGGUCCAGAGAAAUGAGAGAGAAUGUCCCGUUACGUUUAUCUAGGACUUAACUUUUCUACACGAAUCCUUUCUUUUAAUCAGGGUCUAUCGUUCUGAAUGAAUUGUAGUUUUUGGAUCUUGUAUAAAGUUUUGAACUUCUACUUCUGCCUUCUGCAGUCAAGAAAUGCCCAGCCAAACUGCAGCAUGUGCACUCUGUCCUAAAUAACAUCACAUCGCACCUAUCUAAAAAUAUGGACGUCGGAGUGAUAAAAAUCGCCGAGGACAGCGACUUCCAGUUCUUCAGGCGAAUGAUUGACAACCACGAUGAGUGGGAUCUCAACUACUCCCGUGAUGACACAAAAGUUUGGACCAAAUCUGUGCCUGGAAUUGAGUUCAAAAUGGUUAAGUUAGUUACGGUCUUUCAAGACGUCUCUCCCAGCGUGAUGUACGACGUCCUUCACGACCCUGAGUACCGAAGAGUUUGGGACACGCAUAUGAUCGAAGCGCACGACAUUGGUUACUUAAAUCCCAAUAACGACAUUGGAUAUUACGCUAUGUCUUGCCCAGUCCCUCUGAAAAACCGGGACUUUGUACUUCAGAGGUCAUGGCUGGACAUGGGAUCCGAGCAGAUAAUCAUGAACCAUUCUGUCAAUCACAAGGACUAUAAAGAGAAGCCCAACUAUGUUCGUGGCAUAUCAUACAUUACGGGGUACAUAGUGCGGCCAGCUGGAGACUCAGGCUGCUUUGUAGGUUACGCAUCUCAGACCGAUCCGAAAGGAACUCUUCCCUCGUGGAUGGUGAACAAAGUGACCACCAUCUUUGCACCCAAAGUACUCAAAGUGCUGCAGAAAGCGUCACAAGGCUACCCUGUCUGGAAGGCAAACAACAACCCUUCUUUCAAACCAUGGUUCUUCCCCGAACAAAUCGCUGCCCCUCGAAUCACCGCAGAGGACUGUGGUGCCGUCGUUGCGGUAAGAAAAACAGCGCCCGAACUGGUGCCUAAAUCAAAAAGCGAUCAGCAACAAAGUCUUUCAAACCCCAAUAACUCCAAAGAUGCCGAGUCUUGCAGCUCAGAUGACCCGACGCCCUUUUCGUGUGUGCCUGGAAUUAGAUUUAGCUUAAAAUUUUUCUCCAAGAGUCGCAAGAAGUCAAAAAAGCAGGACGAUAGUAUUGCGGACGACUCUUGCAAACAGGCUAGUGAGUCGAAAGGCAAGCAUCAAAAGGGAAAGGGCUAAUGGCUGCUUUUUUACCUCAAAAUGAACAACGACAAAGGUUUACGAUUUUGACUAAAUUUGUAAAUAUAUGAUAUUUACAGAGGCUUCAAAAUAAUUAUAUGCCAUAGUUAUACACUAAAUAUUUAUCAAAAACCGGUAUAAUAAUCUAGCUUGUAAUAUUUAUGAGCUACACCACUUUAAUAUAAUCAAUAUUACAGAAUUCACAUCAAUUUUGACUUCCAGCACAAUACUGUAUUAUAUCUAGUCGGAGAAAGACACAAUUGCAUUUUAACCCUAUUUUAAGAUUUUGCUACGCGCACCUCCAUUUUGCUGCUAAUUUGAUCCAUUUUUACAAAUCAAAUGAAAAGCUCAAGGAUUUAUGUAUCACAAAUUGACUGCUGAUAUGUUUUGAACGA